UGGGGAACAAGGGUUUUUUUUCCAUUUUUCCCUUUUUCUUUCGGAUAUCACCACAACAGCCACACCCAUCAAUUUCCUACAUAAACCAACAACCAAACUCAUUCUCAAGUUGUCGGAAUGCUCACUAUUUCAAUAGAAUUUUCGAACAUAAGGGCACCCAUACAACCAAUUAAACUCAACAAGGCAGCAAUUAAAUGGUUUAAAAUUCAGCUUUAAAAGCUGUCUCAUACAAGAAAUUUCUAGCAAGCAAAACCGAGCCUGGCAGGUUCAACGGUUGGCGGGAAUUGAAGAAGAGCUAACACAAAAUUGGAAAGAAUAAGAACAAUUGGAGUGAACCCAAACCAAAUCAAGUGAAAAGAGAUGAAUUCAUGGCUGAUUCAUACCAAAAAAAAAAAAAAAUUGAAAAUUCACACCCACAUAAGCUGAAGUCGGCGGCAGGGGAGCAUGAAGGCAGUAAGAUUUGGAAUUUUCUACAAGGGGGGAAGAUUUCUAAGUCCUAGACUUGUUCUUGAACAAGAGGAGAACAAAAAUCAUCAAGUUCUCUUACCAAUUUUCCAGGUGGAGGCGUCGGAAAUGGCUGGGCUCACUUCCGGCUACAGAGGAGAAAAAAAGGCAGAGCAAACACGCGAAAAUGGCUGGGGAAGAAAGAAAGAAAGAAAAAAAGAAAAAAAAAAGGAAAAAUUCCAGAAGGUGGUGACCAAGAAAUUUGAUGGUACCGCGGGUUUUGAGCAGGUAGGGUCAUGGAUUACCGAGGUGGAGAAGGGAUUUCGCCUACUGAAGAUUUCUGAUGACCUUAAGAUCAAUGUGGGCAGUUAUAUGCUUAUGGGUGAAGCAUUGACUUGGUGGGAGAGUUACUUGAAGCUACACCAAGGAGAGUCUGAAUUGAGCACUUGGGAUGGUUUUAAAAAGGUGUUCAUGCAAGAAUACAUACCAUAUAGCAAAAGACGUCAACUGCAAAGGGAAUUUGCAGAUCUUAAACAAGGGUCACAUACUGUUGAACAAUACAAGGAGUUUGACCGUUAUCUACCUUUUGUGGGUAGUCAAGUCGGGGAUGCGCAAGCCAAAGUUGAUAGAUUUUUAUGGGGCUUGAAUCCUAACAUUUAUCUGGCGGUGAAUCAAUUCAAACCCGCCACUUAUAGAGAGGUGGCGGACAGAGCCAUAAAUCAAGAGAAGGCUAUGGCUAAAGUCAAGACACCAAAUUCACAAAAGGUUGGGUCAUCCCUUGGGAAGAGAAAAUUCGAUGGGAGUCAUAGACCCUUUAUCCCUGCACCACCUAAGUCUGAUACUGGUAAGGGUUCUAAAGAGCUAAGGGUUGCCAAGACUGUGGGUCAAGCAUCAGCAGCCCAACGUACUCAUCCUGCUCCACCUAUUUACCCCACUUGUGGAAUACCGAACCCCAGAGCUCAGAGUACUCAAUCUAUAUCUCAGCAGGGUUCUACUAAUCAGGGGGCACAAAAACAGAAUGUCAGGGUUAUGACAAGAGCCCAACAGGCGAGAGUGCACGUGAUGACUCACAAGGAAGCUGCAGCUACCGACGGUUUCUUAGUUUCUGUCGCUGAUGCUAGUAGUGUGACGUUGAGACUAGAAGACAUCCCUGUGCUAUGUGAGUUUCCGGAUGUAUUUCCGGAGGAUCUCUCAGGUUCACCUCUAAAUAAGGAGAUUGAAUUUGCUAUUGAUCUUGUUCUUGGCACCAGACCUAUUUCCAAAGCCCCGUACCGUAUGGCCCUCGCGGAGUUGAAGGAGUUAAAGGUCCAACUGGAGGAACUCCUUGAGAAAGGGUUUAUACAACCUAGUGUGUCACCUUGGGGAGCUCCAACAAUUAAUGACUUGUUUGAUCAACUUAAGGGUGCCCAAGUGUUUUCUAAGAUUGAUCUGCGAUUUGGCUACCAUCAGUUGAAGAUUAAACCUGAUGAUGUGCCAAAGACUGCCUUCCGUACCCGCUAUGGUCACUAUGAAUUCUUGGUUAUGCCUUUUGGCUUAACUAAUGCUUCUGUAAGAUUUAUGGAUUUGAUGAAUCGGGUAUUUAGCAAGUACCUAGAUAAGUUUGUGGUUGUCUUUAUUGACGACAUUUUGAUUUACUCUUCUAGCCAUGCUCUUCAUGAAAAGCACUUAAGGAUAGUUCUCGAGACAUUAAGAAGUGAGAGGCUGUUUGCUAAAUUUAAGAAGUGUGAAUUUUGGCUAGAUAAUGUUGCAUUCCUAGGUCACGUUGUGACUAAGGAUGGAAUCUUCGUUGACCCCCAGAAGAUUGAGGCCGUGGUGGAUUGGAAUAGGCCAAAUAGUGUUGUAGAAAAAGAUAGGGUUAUUACAUAUGCUUCACGGCAGUUAAAGCCUUAUGAAGAAAAUUACCCUACCCAUGAUCUAGAGUUGACAGCUGUAGUAUUUGCACUCAAGAUGUGGAGGCAUUAUCUAUACUGUGAGACCUGUGAAAUUUUCACCGAUCACAAGAGUCUCAAGUUGUGUGUACCAAGAGAUCAUGCUUUAAGGCGUGAGAUUAUGGGAGAUGCCCAUAAUACUAGUUACACAGUUCACCCAAGUAGCACCAAGAUGUAUCGUGACUUGCGUGUCAAGGCUGAACACCAAAGACUUCCUGGGAAGCUACAGCUAUUACCUAUUCCCCAAUGGAAGUGGGAGAAUAUCACCAUGGACUUUGUGAUGGGUUUAUCUGCAUCCAUUGAGAAGCUUGCCAAUAUGUACAUGAAUGAGAUAGUCAGGCUGCAUGGAGUCCCUGUGUCUAUUGUGUUAGAUAGAGAUACAAGAUUGUUAUCUCAUUUCUGGACAAGCUUGCAGCAGGCACUUGGUACUCAAUUAAAUUUCAGCACGGCCUUCCAUCCUCAAACUUACAAGCAAUCUGAGAAAACUAUUCAGAUACUUGAGGACAUGUUGAGGGCUUGCGUUCUAGAUUGGAAGGGUUCAUGGGAUCAACACUUAUCUAUGGCUGAAUUUGCCUAUAAUAAUAGUUACCAGUCCAGCAUCCGCAUGGCACCGUUUGAGGUUUUGUAUGGUCGAAGGUGUAGAUCACCUGUUUGUGUCACCCACUUGAGGUGUCCUCAAGUUUGGCAUCCGGGGAAUAUUGAGUCUGAGGUAUAUUGGACCAUAUCCUAUCUGGAAAGGGUUGGCGAGGUAGCUUACCGAUUGGAGUUGCCUGGAAAUUUAGCGGGUGUUCAUUAUGUGUUCCAUGUGUCUUUACUUCGGAAGUAUAUUCCCAACCCGAACCACUUCAUUGACCCCGAACCCAUUCAGCUUCGAGAAGAUCUCACUUAUGAUGAGCACUCGAUCUAUAUUUUAGAUUUCAAAGAGAGGGUAAUGCAGAGAAGGACUAUUCGUUUUGUUAAGGUCCUCUGGGAUAACCAUUCAGUUGAAAAAGCUACUUGGGAGUUGGAAUCCAAGAUGAGGCAAGAACAUCCGCACCUCUUCCAAGAUUGAGGUAUGAGUUUAGGGGACUAAACUCCUUUUUAUGAGGGGUGAAUGUAAUACCCCAAAAAUUUCUAGAACAAUUAAGUGUGAGCUAGGGACCUAAUUGUGAGAAAAUAAUAUUGUUGAGCUUAAUCAUAAAAUUUUCAAAUUUGA